AUGACGAAGAAACAGAGGGAAGGUCGAUCAGAUCCUGUGGGACACGGAAUUGAGAGUACAAAUCUGGAAUUAAUGGCGCUACUACCGAAGAAUAUGCACGUCUUGGCGGUGGAAUGGUACCAUCCAAAUCCGACGGGUCUAGUUGAUGAUUCAGAUGCGAUAGGUGUGGGUUCUGAGAAUGCGUUUGGUCGGGAUCAUGAUGAAAGAGUUGUACCACCAGAACUACUACUUGAAAUACUGGAAGAUUGGGUAGCGACAGAUUGGGUUCUGGUUGUUGCGGUUGGAGUUGAAGUUGCUGAUAAUUGGACAGUGGGAAUGGGAUGGCUCUUGGAUGGCACUGAUGAGGAUGAAGACGGUGUUGUCCUUGUGGUAUUCAAUAAGCCGUAUGUGGGAUCAUUAGAUAGAAGUUGA